AAGGAACCGGAGUCCUUGAGCUUUAGAGACUUCUUGGGAAGUAUUACUUACCAACUACUAAGAAACAUCCCCCUUGAUGAUCCGUUCUGGAGUUUUGACAUGGAUGAGACCAUAUCAAAGCUAGCAACACUCGAGGGGAUCACCAACCUUCUCUUCCGAGCGACAUCCAAGGAUGAGGGAAUCUUUUUGGUAGUGGAUGGUAUCGAAAAUUGCAACAGUGAUGAGUCCGAUGAUAUCAUCAACUUCCUUUCUAAUCUCAUGCAAAAAAGAAAAGUUUUUCUCUGUUCAUCAGGUAAUCCUGGGUCCAGAAUCCAGGCAAAGCUAUUCUCCAAUAUAAACAACUCCGCGCAAAUCACUAUCACAUUGAAUAAUCAAAGUCGGUAUAAAGAAAUUGAAGAUUUCAUUGACCGGGAAAUUGAUAGACGAACUUUAUCGCGACCUCUAGAUCCAGACUCAAAGAGACUCAUGAGGGAGCAGUUGUUAUUGGGGGCUCAAGGGAUGUAUCUUUGGGUGGCAUUGCAAAUCGAGGCAAUACUUCCGAUGAAUACAAGUACUCUUGUUUCAACAACAGACAUAACUACUCCAUAUUUUGCAGAACCUACCCGAGGACUUGCCUGAAGCUUUCGAUCACGCGCUUGCAAGAGGUAAGUCUAGAAGAUACGGCAACAGGCAUUUCAAGAUCGUGGCAGCCGCCACACGUCCAUUACUUCUAGACGAAUUUCAAGUUGCGGCUACUGUUGCCCCUGGAAGUCUAGUUUGGGAU